AUGAAAGUCUACAAAAGAGGAGAUAUUGUUGAUAUCAAAGGAGAUGGUUCUAUUCAGAAAGGUAUGCCACACAAGUCCUACCACGGCAGGACAGGACGUAUUUACAAUGUCACACAACAUGCUGUUGGUGUUAUCGUCAACAAGCGAGUCAGAGGUAGAAUUAUUCCCAAGAGAAUCAACCUCCGUGUAGAACACAUCUCUCACUCUAACUGCAGACUGGAUUUCCUCGUCAGAGUGAAGAAGAACGAAGAAAUCAAAGCAGCAGCCAAGGCAGCUGGCACCAAGCCAGAUUGCAAGAGACAGCCACAACAGCCCCAUACAGCACAUUUUGUGAGGACUCGCUACAACAAGCCACAGGUCAUCCAGCCAAUUCCUUAUGAAUUCAUUGCAUAGACUCUAUACGUGUGGCUGAAGUUAAUAAAUGAUGAAAAAAACUGAAUUGAUUGGUGUUCACUGUUCUUUGUAUUGUUAAGUGAUGGCAGUCUAUAGCACAGUCCUAAUGCGUUGUAAAUGAAUAAUACAGAGUCAGUUUGGGCUAUUUAUGUGGUCUGUGUAGUAGACUGUGUUCAUAAGGUUACCAUUAGCAACACCAUGUUGGUUUGUUGAUCAACACAUUAUGUCAGCUAUUGUCCCAACUUGAAUGUUCCUUUGGUCUUAUAUGUAUUGUGUUGUUAUGUUGCUGGAUUAACCACUCCAAAAAUACGACUCAUCUAAUGAAAGCUUAUUCUAAGUCUACUAGUAAAUGAUAAUAAAAACAGAAUUUAGAAAAUUUUGAAGGGUACUCAAGAAGUUGAAAAAUAAAAUAACUAAUCAAGUGUUGAUAAAAUCAAAUAAUGGUGAAAACUAAGCUAAUUCAGAGUUAUGGCUUUCACGAGAAGAACCUAAUUAGAAUCUAAAAAUCUUCAUAUUGAAAGA